AUGGUGGGCUCCAAAGAUCUCGAGCCAUCGCACACGUCUUUCGGGAAGGUCUUCUUCUACAACCAGUUCCGAGCAAAGCCGCAAUGGCCUAACCCCGAUGCGACUCUUGCUGGCAAGACGGCCAUCGUGACCGGAGGCAACGUCGGUCUCGGCUACGAGGCGGCCCUCCAGCUGUUGGGCCUCAAACUAGCUCGUCUAAUCCUCGCCGUCCGUUCGCCCGACAGGGGCGAAACUGCCGCGCAAAAGAUGCGCGCCAUGUUCCCGGAAGCUAGCAUUGAGGUCUGGCAGUUGGACAUGUGCUCCUACGAGUCCGUCCAAGCAUUUGCUCACCGGGCUGAAAACCAGCUGCCGCAUCUUGACAUUGCCCUGCUCAAUGCCGGUGUCUGCAAGUUCACGUUCAACAUCGUCGAGAAGACGGGCCACGAGGAGACGCUCCAAGUCAACUAUCUCUCCACCAUGCUGCUCGCCGUCCUCCUCCUGCCAAUUCUGAAGUCAAAGCGUUCCCGCGAUGGCGCCCCAGCGCGGCUGACCAUCGUCAGCGCAGCGCUGACCCUAGCUGCCAAGUUCCCCGAGAGGAACCGUGUGCCGGUGCUGGCGGCGUUCAACAAUCCCGAGCUGUUCACCAUCGACGAGACGUACAACUCGACUAAGCUCCUCGCUCACAUGUUUCUCUGGAAACUGGUCGACUUCGUCUCGGCAAAUGAUGUUAUUGUCAAUCUCGAAGACCCUGCCUGGUGCAAGGGUACCAAGCUGGCGCGCGAAGUGACAAAUCCGGGACUGAAGCUGUUCGCUAAGAUCUUCGGCGCAACGACCGGAAGGCCGCCGAAGGUGGGGGCCUCGUGCUUCGUCGACGCCAUGGUGAACAAGGGGAAGGAAUCACAUGGCUGUUUCCUCAUGAGCUGGAAGAUCCACCCAUUUGCCGCAUACCUGUAUACGCCUGAGGGACAGGUGGUCAUGCAGAGAGUCUGGGACGAGACCUUGGACGAGCUCGAUUUCGCUGGCGUCCGUGCCAUCUUGCAGUCUAUGAGGGCCUGA